UGGUUUUACACAAUACAGUGAAACGGAAUCGAAACUCCAUUUCCAAAAAUCGAAGGUCAGUUCGAAGCUCUAGGGUUUCAAGUUUCAACCAUGAAGCUAUCCUUCUCUCUUUCUUCCAAAUCCUCUUCUUCUUCUUCCAAGCCAAAUCUCAUCAGACCUUCAAAGGAAUUCGAUGAUAAAACCCUUGAUCAUGGCGGUUUUGGCGAUUCCAAAGAGUAUGUUAACGAGUUUGACGCUUCGAAACCCUUGUCCGAAACCAGUGGUAAGUCCAGAAAAUUGGUUAUUCCUUCCCUCGAGAACGAAUGGAGGCCGCUGAAGAGAAUGAAGAAUCUCGAAGUUCCGCUUGAUCAAUCGGUUGAAUCUGAUCUCAAGUUCGAGUCCGCCUCUGGAUUAGAUCCGGCUGAAGAUUCGAAGAUGUCGUAUGGUCUUAAUGUCAGGCAGUCCGUUGACGGUAUGAAGAUUACUGAUGAGUCCAAAUCGGCGGAGGAGCCGCCGCGGCCUGCUCCUUUGGAGGUAAUUAUGUUGGAGAAAUUUAAAGCGGAUCUGGAGAGGCUACCUGAGGAUAGAGGGUUCGAGGAUUUUGAGGAGGUUCCUGUUGAAAGCUUUGCUGCUGCUUUGAUGGAAGGUUAUGGAUGGCGUCAGGGUCGGGGAAUUGGGAGGAAUGCCAAAGAGGAUGUUAAAGUUAAGGAGUAUAAUAGAAGAACUGACAAACAAGGGCUAGGGUUUGUCAGCGAUGUUCCUGUUGGCAUUUCAAAGGAGGAAGAGAAAGAUAGAGGGAGAGAGCGCGAGAGAAACAGGGAUGGAGAUAGCGUGAAGGAAAACAGAGAUCGAGAAAGUAAUGGAUUGGCUUCUAUUGGGAAGCAUGUUAGGAUUGUUGGCGGAAGAGAUGCGGGUUUGAAAGGUAAAAUUAUGGAGAAGUUAGAUUCCAAUUGGCUUGUCCUUAAACUUUCUAAAAGAGACGAACAUAUCAAACUGAAAGUCCGUGCAACUGAUGUUGUUGAAUUGGGUUCCAAAGAAGAGGAAAAGUUCUUGAAGAAACUGGAGGAAUUGAAAGUUAAGGAUGAAAACACAGGCCAUAAACGGAGAAGAGAAGCUGAGCGAGUAGAGGAAAAGCGUGAAAAUGGUACAAGGGACAAAGAGAAGAGGAACAAGAGAUUGUCUUGGCUCACUAGUCAUAUUCGCGUUAGGAUCAUCAGUAAAGAAUUCAAGGGAGGAAAGUUUUAUCUGAAAAAGGGAGAGAUAGUAGAUGUAGUUGGACCCAGUAUUUGUGAUAUAUCCAUUGAUGGGAGUAGAGAGCUUGUCCAGGGGGUCUCUCAAGAGCUUCUUGAGACUGCACUUCCCAGACGUGGGGGGCCUGUUCUUGUUCUUUAUGGUAAGCACAAGGGAGUUUAUGGGAGUUUAGUUGAGAGGGAUCUUGACAAAGAGACAGGGGUAGUACGGGAUGCAGAUAGCCAUGAAUUACUUAAUGUGCGUUUAGAACAGAUUGCUGAAUAUAUUGGUGACCCAAGUUACUUGGGAUAUUGAUUCUUUGUACCCAAGCUGGUGAUGGACCUGUUUUUGUGGUUUCUCUGUUUUUACCAGAGUUUCGAUAAAAGCCAUUCCGCUACAUGUGACGAUAUCUGAACAAGUCCUUAACAUAAAUGAACUGCCUAUGUGCUAAUGUUCAUAACAAGUCGUCUUUAGCAUGCGCAGAGCAUGAAGGGUAUGCAGAAAACUCCUGCACCUGCAAAAUGGAGUGGGUGAGAUUAUUAUUCCCUCUUAACCGCAGAAUGCUUCCGAAUAUUGAUCCUUUGAUUCAAAUCUACACCGACGACAUCUCUCUUCUCCAAAGUCAAAAGUUGGCCACUAGGCACUGUCCGAUAAGUCCGUACAUCUCAUUGUAUGUUUUGCGGGCAUCUGGAUUAUCGAGAUGUAGUGACCUCUAGAGAUUUUCGGACAUCCUAGAUUUUCAGAGAGUGGGGAUUUGGAUUGUCAAGAUGUCUUGGCUUCUCGAAUGGCCUACUGAAACAUGGAUUAUCUGAAUUUUCAUGUUGAGACAUCUCCAUUUUACGUUUUUGCACUUUCAAUUUUUUCUUUUAUAUAAAAAAAAAUAAUACCACUCCUUUGUUUUACACUACAUAAUUAAAAUAACUAUUGUCAACCUUA